GCCGGGCUUCCUCCGCAGCAGCGGGCGGCGCGCGCGGCCUUGUAAGAGCCCGGACUACGCUUCCCGUGGUGCUCUGGGCGACUCACCUGAGGGCGGCAGGCUCCACGCGCUUGGCCCGCGGUCGGAUUGACUUUGGAGCCAUGGAGGGUGCCUUCGGCUCCGAUUUCGGAGGCUCAGGCAGCGGGAAACUGGACCCGGGGCUUAUCAUGGAGCAGGUUAAGGUGCAGAUUGCCGUGGCCAACGCGCAGGAGCUGCUGCAGAGGAUGACCGACAAGUGUUUCCGGAAGUGCAUUGGGAAACCGGGGGGCUCUCUGGACAAUUCAGAACAGAAAUGCAUCGCCAUGUGUAUGGACCGAUACAUGGACGCCUGGAACACCGUGUCCCGCGCCUAUAAUUCAAGACUGCAACGGGAACGAGCCAACAUGUAACAAGGAGGCGUGGGAGCAUCCCUGGGGUCCAUCCCGCGCCACCCCCCUAUCCAGUUCCAUAAAUGUACUUUGUGAGGCGGACACUAGUACGUGCCUGCUGCCCGCCCGUGAUGUACGAGAAUGGCACGACUGUGAGGGGACGGUUGGUACUGUGUCGCCUGCAAUCAGUGCCGCUUGGCCUUUGGGUCCCCUGACCUUUCUCGAAGCCUGGCAGCUAGGUGGACUUCCUGUAGGCCCCGGAUUUGCCAGCCCCUCCCCUAGUGUGCCGAGGUCAGCUCCCGGCCUGGACUGAGAACCCUUGUUUGGACAUAAGGUAGGGGGAGAGACCUCACCUUAGCUGUGGCUUCCUGAGGGUAGACCAAAAUAUUGCUGAGCCAGGGCCGGAGAAACCCCGUGCACUUUCCCUGGGGGAGGGGGUCUCUGGAAGGAGAUGCCCCUCAUCCAUGGGCCCCAGCCUUCUCUGAGGGCAUGAGGCUUUCCACUUGGAGCCCCUGGGCUGCUGGAUCAUAGGCCAUGUGCAGCCAACACAGAAGGGAGCCUUGAGCCAUGCCUGUCACCCCAGGAAGGCUGAAACAGGAGAAUCUCGAGGCCCCAUGUCAGAAUAAAAAAGGACCAGGGAUGUGAGUAGAUGGUGAGUUUCAAUCCCCUAUACUGAAAAAGGGGGAUGAAGUGGGAAGACGCUUGGAAAUGUGACUCCAUCGCUGAACCAAAAACUAAGUAAUAUCCCCUC